CUGUCUCUCUCUUAUCCACUAUUCUAACUAGGACUUUGGAAGAGUGUCGCCUGGCAACACAGACACAAGAUACAGCCGCAAAGUAGAAGAUUAAAUCAAGACUAGGGAUAGCCUACAUCCCGUCGCAUAUUUUAAAGAAGCAAAUAUGAAUGCUCCGCACUUUGCCAUGGACUUUCUGCUGUUGUGCAUAUCUUUCCGAGCAAGUGUAUUGGCAGCCAACUCUCCCACCGUGUCCUCGACGUUGCCAGACACCAAUUUCACCGAUCUUGGCGCAGCGUUCAGCUAUGGAGAAGCAGACAGCGAGAAUAUUCCCCUGACCAGGAGGAAGCGUUAUAUUUCACAAAACGACAUGCUUGCCAUUCUUGAUUACCACAAUAAAGUAAGAGGGAAAGUCUUCCCUCCGGCGUCCAAUAUGGAGUACAUGUCGUGGGACGAGACCCUGUCUAAGUCAGCUGAGGACUGGGCCCACGCGUGUCUGUGGGAGCACGGACCUCGACACCUCCUCAGGUUCCUGGGCCAGAACCUCUCUGUCAGGACUGGACGCUACCGCUCUAUUCUCCAGUUAGUGAAGCCCUGGCAUGAUGAAGUGAAGGACUAUGUGUUCCCUUACCCCCAGGACUGCAACCCCAGGUGCCCCCUGAAAUGCUACGGACCCAUGUGUACACAUUAUACACAGAUGGUUUGGGCCACAACAAACAAAGUCGGCUGUGCUGUACAUACAUGUCACAACAUGAACGUGUGGGGGAACGUGUGGAAACGGUCAACAUACUUAGUGUGCAACUAUUCAUCCAAGGGGAACUGGAUCGGAGAGGCACCCUAUAAAGUAGGCGUCCCGUGCUCCGCUUGUCCCCCCAGCUACGGAGGCUCCUGUUCCAACAACAUGUGCUUCCCAGCCCUCAACACAAACUAUCUGCAGUGGUUCAAAUAGAGUCUCCGUCCAGCCUGCGUCCCAAAUCACAGCCUAUUCUCUAUGUAGCCCUAUGGGCCCUGGUCUAAAGUAGUGCACUACAUAGGGGAUAGGGGGCCAGCCCUGGUCUAAAGUAGUGCACUACAUAGGGGAUAGGGGGCCAGCCCUGGUCUAAAGUAGUGUGCUACAUAGGGAAUAGGGUGCCAUUUGGGACGAAGACUAACACCAAGCUAACAUCUUGACCCCCCCCCCCCCCACCCCAAACACAGAGACUUUCCCUCCUGAAAGGAUUUGUACAACAGUCCUGAAAACAUGCUAUUUUUGUAUAUAUAUGGGCUUAUUUACGUUGGAAGGCAGCACAUUUUUUUUUAUAUAUAUAUAAUUAUGUGUACAUAGAAUGUAUAUUAAUGUUUUACGUUGUAACUAGAACUUAUGUUUUUAUACAAUUAUCCUAUGAUGAAUUGGAUUGAUUGAUUGAUUGAUUGAUUGAUUGAUUGAUUGAUGGAUUUGAUUGAUUGAUUGAUUGAUUGAUUGAUUGAUUGAUUGAUUGAUUGGAUUGAUUGAUUGAUUGAUUGAUUGAUUGAUUGAUUGAUUGAUUGGAUUGAUUGAUUGAUUGAUUGAUUGAUUGAUUGAUUGAUUGGAUUGAUUGAUUGAUUGAUUGAUUGAUUGAUUGAUUGAUUGAUUGGAUUGAUUGAUUGAUUGAUUGAUUGAUUGAUUGAUUGAUUGAUUGAUUGAUUGAUUGAAGAUAAUCUCGUGAACGGUGUUUAAUAACAGACAUGGUGCAGAUACUGUUUCAGUAUUACAGUAUUAUGGUUUACCAUCGGCCAUUGGAAGUGGAUACUCAUGGACACACCGCCUCACAAUGGUCCCAUGGAAACAACUGGAAACACCUUGUCAUUUCUGGAGGUUAUUGACACGGCAACGCUAGCAACAACAAACAAACAAAAAAGUGAUCGCUAACAAACUGUAAACAAUUAUAGCUGGCUAGCUAAUUAUCUUGGCUAACUUGUGGAGUUAAAAACAAUUCACUUAUUUAUCAUUAAUUAGCCACUGUAAAUAUAUUUGCUAUAGAAAAUGCUACGUUGUCUCCUGCGAGGUGUUGUUUACGUUUGACAGUUUUAUGACACCUCCACUUGCAGGCGUAGUAUGUGUUUCAGGUGCAUUUUGAAGUCGGAGGUAAAGACAAAGUAACACAGUGCUGGCUGCUAAUUUCAAAUCAAUUCAAAUGGUGCUGAACACACAGAGCACUAUUCAGCUCUCAAUGGUGCUGAACACACAGAGCACUAUUCAGCUCUCAAUGGUGCUAAACACACAGAGCACUAUUCAGCUCUCAAUGGUGCUAAACACACAGAGCACUAUUCAGCUCUCAAUGAAGCUAAACACACAGAGCACUAUUCAGCCCUCAAUGGUGCUAAAAACACACAGAGCACUAUUCAGCUCUCAAUGAAGCUAAACACAUAGAGCACUAUUCAGCUCUCAAUGAAGCUAAACACACAGAGCACUAUUCAGCUCUCAAUGAAGCUAAACACACAGAGCACUAUUCAGCCCUCAAUGGUGCUAAAAACACACAGAGCACUAUUCAGCUCUCAAUGGUGCUAAACACACAGAGCACUAUUCAGCUCUCAAUGAAGCUAAACACAUAGAGCACUAUUCAGCUCUCAAUGGUGCUAAACACACAGAGCACUAUUCAGCUCUCAAUGGUGCUAAACACACAGAGCACUAUACAUUCCACACAUCAUUCUCUAGCAUUUUAUACAGUAGGUUCAGUGAAAUGUGUAUACCACGACAGAUUGGACUACCAAUGUGUUUGGGCGUAUGGCAUGAUACUGUUGGCAUACUGUGUUCAGUAGACACCUUCAUGUCUUCCUUAAUAAGUGUUCACCAACUGUAUGUACGUAGAUAAACCCUCACACUCUAUUAAUAUCCUUAUACUACAUUCAUACUGAAAGUUAUUCUUUUUUUUAUACGGCAUAAGUAUUUCAUUGAAGGAGUUUUUUUUAAAAAAAAAUUGUAAAAAUGAACUGUAAAUAAAUAUGUAAAGGAA